AUGAAUAAAAGGAGAACAAUAGAUGUAGACAUGAAUAAGUUGAUAGACUUAGUUAGGAUAAGGGAAAUUAUAUGGAACAGACAGCUCAAAGGACAUCACAAUUGGUACAAAUUGGACGAGGCGUGGAAGGAAAUCGCUGUUGAGUUGGGAGUUACACGCGACGAAGCUAGACUCAAAUGGAAAUACCUCCGCGACCAAGCAAGAAAAGAGAUGCGGAAAGAAGAAUCAGAUUGGGAGCUACUGCCGAAACUACAGUUCUUAGCCAACCAGUUCUUUGACAACGAAGGCAACGACCUGGGAGAUGACACGUACAGCCAGGACUUCGACGCUCCAGAACAAAGCAGUAGCUAUUACACAAAUGUAGAGGAAGAGCCAGCGGCGGCAGAUGAACCAGAAGUUAUAGAUGAACCACCGAUUAAAGAUGAUGAAUUCGACGAGUUCGAUAUGAAACCUAUCAUUAUGGAGACAGAGUUCUACGAUGAUGAUGAAGGGAUCCAGAAAUGCGCGUCUACUGAAGGGGAGGUGACGAAAGAUGAAGAUAUAGGCUUCUUUAACAGCUUACUGCCACAUGUUAAAAAGCUCGGACCAGCUAAGAAGCUAAUGCUUCGAAUGAAAAUACAGGAGUUAGUUUACAAUACUGUGUAUAAUACAUAG